AUGGGUAAAUCUCACGGUUUAAGAUCUCGUACUCGUUACAUGUUCCAACGUGACUUCAGAAGAACUGGUACUAUUCCAUUAUCUACUUACUUGAAGGUCUACAAGGUUGGUGACAUUGUUGAUAUUAAAGCUAACGGUUCUAUCCAAAAGGGUAUGCCAUUUAAGUUCUACCACGGUAAGACUGGUGUCAUUUACAAUGUCACCAAGUCCUCUGUUGGUGUUAUUGUUAACAAGGUUGUUGGUAACAGAUACAUUGAAAAGAGAUUGAACUUGAGGAUUGAACAUGUCAAGCACUCUAAGUGUAGACAAGAAUUUUUGGAAAGAGUUAAGGCCAAUGCUGCUAAGAAGGCUGAAGCUAAGGCUAAGGGAGUUCCAGCUCAAUUGAAGAGACAACCAGCUCAACCAAGAGAAGCUCGUAUUGUUGUCACCAAUGGAAAUGCACCACAAACUUUGGCUCCAGUUCCUUAUGAAACCUUUAUUUAA